CCCGGGCCCCCCCCCAAUUACACUGAGACCCCUCCCCCAAGUUAUCCUGAGACCCCCGGGGCCAACCGGGUGCUGCUGCUGCAGAUGCAGAACCUGCACGGGCUGCGGGGGGGGAGGGGCAGGGACAGCAGCGACAGCGACAGUGACAGUGACAGCGACAGCGAGCUGGAGGGGGAGGGGCGGGAGCCGCAGCUGCUGCUCAUCAUGGCCCCCCACUAUGGGGGGGUCAACAGGCUCAGGGUGACGUCCCUGGGGGGGUCCCCGGUGGCGGCCGUGUGGUCGGAGCGGGGCCAGGUGGAGGUGCUGGAUUUGAGGGGGGCCCUGGGGGCCCUGGGGACGGAAUUUGGGGAGGGGGAUUCGGGGAGGGGGCCCAAGAGCGUCCAGCAGGGAGCUCUGCCCGCCCUGGCCACCUUCAGCGGGCACCUGGACGAGGGAUUCGGGCUGGACUGGAGCCCCCAGAGCCCAGGCCGGCUGCUGUCCGGGGACGUGCGCGGGCGCAUCCAUCGCUGGGAGCCGCGCGAGGGCGGCUGGGCCGUGGACCAGCGGCCGCUGCUGGGGCACGGCGGCAGCGUGGAGGACAUCCAGUGGUCACCCAGCGAGGCCUCGGUGUUCAUCUCGUGUUCCGCGGACGCCUCCAUCCGCGUGUGGGACGUGCGGGCGCCCCCGGCCCGCGCCUGCCAGCUCAGCCUGGCCUCGGCCCACGACGGCGACGUCAACGUGCUCACCUGGAGCAGGAGGGACCCGGCGGCGCUGCUCAGCGGGGGGGACGAUGGCACCCUGCGCCUCUGGGACCUCAGGAGCAUCCGGAGCAGCCCCUCGAGCGUGGCCACCUUCAAGCAGCACCGCGGCCCCAUCACCUCGGUGCAGUGGCACCCGGGCGAGAGCGGCGUCCUGGCGGCCGCGGGCGAGGACGACCUGGUCACCCAGUGGGACCUGGGCGUGGAGAGGGACCCCCAGGAAACUGGGGAGGGGGCUGCGGAGGGGGAGGGGCUCUCAGAGCUGCCCCCCCAGCUGCUGUUCCUGCACCAGGGGGAGAGGGAGGUGAAGGAGCUGCACUGGCACCCGCAGUGCCCGGGGCUGCUGCUGUGCACGGGGCGCGAGGGCAUCGCCGCCUUCCGCACCAUCAGCGUGUGAGAGUCAGAAUUGGGGUGAAAUCGGCCAGAAUUGGGGUAAAAACCCCCAAAAUUGGGGUGGAACAGCGGGAAUUGGGGUGAAAUCGGCCAAAAUUGGGGUGGGAAUGGCACCCGCAGUGCCCGGGGCUGCUGCUGUGCACGGGGCGCGAGGGCAUCGCCGCCUUCCGCACCAUCAGCGUGUGAGAGUCAGAAUUGGGGUGAAAUCGGCCAGAAUUGGGGUCAGGAAUGUUCAAAAUUGGGGUGAAAUCGGCCAAAAUUGGGGUAAAAUCAGCCAAAAUUGGGGUGGGAAUGGCACCCGCAGUGCCCGGGGCUGCUGCUGUGCACGGGGCGCGAGGGCAUCGCCGCCUUCCGCACCAUCAGCGUGUGAGAGUGAGAAUUGGGGUGAAAUCGGCCAGAAUUGGGGUGAAAUCGGCCAGAAUUGGGGUGAAAUCGGCCAAAAUUGGGGUGGGAAUGGCACCCGCAGUGCCCGGGGCUGCUGCUGUGCACGGGGAGGGAGGGCAUCGCCGCCUUCCGCACCAUCAGCGUGUGAGAGUGAGAAUUGGGGUGAAAUCGGCCAGAAUUGGGGUGAAAUCGGCCAGAAUUGGGGUGAAAUCGGCCAGAAUUGGGGUGAAAUCGGCCAGAAUUGGGGUGGGAAUGGCACCCGCAGUGCCUGGGGCUGCUGCUGUGCACGGGGCGCGAGGGCAUCGCCGCCUUCCGCACCAUCAGCGUGUGAGAGUGAGAAUUGGGGUGAAAUCGGCCAGAACUGGGGUAAAAACCCCCAAAAUUGGGGUGAAAUCAGCCAGAAUUGAGGUGAAAUCAGCUAGAAUUGGGGUAAGAGCUGCUCAAAAUGGAGGUCAGAACCCCUGAAGUGAAAACGGGGCAGGAAUGCCCCUCGAAAUGGGGAUGGGACCCCCUCAAAAUGAGGGUAAAACACCCCAAAAAUAAGGAUAAAAAACCCCCAAAAUGAGGGUGAAAUACCCCAAAAUGGGAGUGAUAUCCUCACAAAAUGGGGGUGGGAGUUGGGGUUGGAACCCCCCCAAAGUGAGUUGGGGGUCCCCCUAAAACAGGGAUGGGACCCCUCCCAAAUGAGAUGGACAUCCCCAAGUUCAGGAGCCCCUUCCCCCCAAAAUAACGGAAAUAGCUCACCCCACUGCCCCCAAAAUCAGAAUUUUCCCCCAUUUUAGGUGGUCUCUGCCCCCAGUGCACCUUCCUUGUUUCCCCCCAAGCAAAACUUCAUCGAACAGCUCCAAAAAACGAUUUUAUUUUUAUUAUUAAAAUAGAAAAAAACCCUUUUUAUUUCGAGCAUUCCUCAUCCUUAUCCCCUCCAACACAACGCUGCUACCCCCCAAGAAAAACUUCAUCCAACUGCUCCAAAAAUCCAUUUUAUUUUUAUUAUAAAUUAAAAAAUAAAAACCUUUU